AUGUCCGCGGUCACCAAUGAAACCCAUGCACAUGCAAUUGUUGGUGCUUCCGCUCUGCUAAGAGGUCUUGAAGAGAUAGCUUGGCCCGAAUUUUUGCGACCACACAUUGAGGUUUUACUACUUUGGAUUACUUGGGCAGUUGAUCAUAUCGAUCUUGAAUAUAUGGAGUAUUUACUCUGGUUAUUUCUACCGGUGAUCGUGAUUUUUGUGUUACCGAUACUACUUGUGAUAUUCAUCUACGGUUCUAUAAUCUUUUUGCACAUUUAUGGUUUACGAAAUAGGAUACGUGAGGCUUAUCAUACUUCAUACUGGGAUGGUGCUAGGGUGGCGAUAGCUUCAUUUUGGGAUGCGAUUGGCCACGUUUGGCAUGGUUAUGAAGUGAAUGGCAUUGAAAAUGUGCCCGAAAAUGGCCCGGCACUGUUUAUAUAUUACCAUGGUUGCCUACCUUUAGAUGUUUAUUAUUUGAUUUCGAAGAUUACACUUGUCAAGCGACGAUCGUUACACUGUGUCGGUGAUAAAUUUAUUUUCAAAAUACCAGGAUGGGGUGUUCUGUGCAAAUUGUUUUCUGUGACUCCUGGAACCGUUGAAGAUUGUACGGCAAAUUUGAACGAUGGACACUUGCUAUGUAUUGCACCGGGAGGGGUCCGUGAAGCUCUUUUCUCCGAUCCGCAUUUAUAUGAUAUUAUGUGGGGGAAACGACUUGGAUUCGCUCGAGUGGUUCUAAACUCAAAAACGCCCGUGAUCCCCAUGUUCACCGAAAACUGUCGUGAUGCUUUUCGAACACCGGAAUGGGGACGAACUUUCUUAAGAUGGUUAUACGAGAAAACAAAACUACCAUUGUGCCCAAUUUAUGGUGGUUUCCCCGUCAAGAUGAUCACCCAUCUUGGGAAGCCGAUGACUUUCGAUUAUGACACUGCAAGUCCUUUGCAAAUUCGAAAAGCCAUCAAAAUCGAGGUACGAGCUUUAAUCAGAGAACAUCAAAGAUUGCCGGGAAGCAUUAUUCGAGGAAUUUUACAACGAUUUUGGGGAAAACAUCAAAAAGAUCAUGAAGAAAUGGAACUUUUGACUCGGACGACUCAAUCAGAUGAUGGUUUACUGUCAGAUCGAAGCAGUCGACGCGUGUCAGGUGGUGCAAACGGGUAUCGCAGAACACCGCCACGAGCCGAAGUGGAAACAGAGCAAGAUGAGCCUGAAGAGGAGGAUCCACAAAAAUUGGACUACGAUGACAACGAGAUUCCGGGAGGAUUGCCAAUUGCAGGAUCUGAACGGAUA